AUGAGUAUUCUUUCAAUAGUCUCAGCGGCAAGUUCGCUCAGCCUAGAGCCCAACUAUACUUCCCCUGCAGGGGUGGAGAUCUACAACCCCUCCCUCCUGUUCCCACCCACCGGGCCAUGGAGUUUGAUGUCAAAGGCAGGCAAUACGGUCUACGUCGCUGGCAUACGCGGCGUAUACCCGUCAAACAAUACACUUGCUCCGGUGGGUAUUGACCGAAUCCGCCAAGCUUACGCCAACAUGAUUCAACUUGCCGAGCUUGCUGGGACGGAUCGGUUUUCGGCAGUGCGUCUAGUCGUCUACACAACCGAUAUGUAUCGGUAUCGGCCGCUGUGCAAUCAGGUACAAACAGAGCUUUGGGGCAACGAUCCCAACCGAUAUCCUCCUAGAUCGAUCAUUGAAGUGCAGAGGCUCAAUGACGACGACAUUGUGGAAGUGGAAGGAACGUUCCUGGUCGCCUCUGACUCAAGCUCUUCUCGGACAUGA